AUGGCGCCUACUCAUCCAGCAACACAUGGCCACGCUGGCAAAGACAACUCAACCUCAAGCAGACAAUCAUCAUCCACAAUGACCAAAUUGCCUCGGCUGCCUGAAGGUAAACCCCUCCCUCCAUUACUACAUCUAGCCUCCACCCGAAUGAGUCUUCGCGCUAACACAAUCCCAGGCUCCAAGAUUCAAAAGCGCGCCCUGCCUCGCCGCCAACAACCCAACUCAUCAAAAUCACAACUUAUUUACGUGUCCGCAUCGACACCGUUCAUGUCAGUCGUCUCACGCGUCCGCAAGCAGCUAGAUAAGUCCCUCAAAGGCAACGCGCCCUCAACGAGAGGCAUGAACUUGAACCAGCGCAUCGACCUACUUCACCGCGACAACGGCACCAAAGGAGGAAAUGGGGAAGCGGUCGUGCUUGGCACCGGCCGGGCCAUUGAGAAGGCUCUCAGUAUUGCGGCGUGGUUCACCGAGCAGAGCGACUGCGAGGUCGAGGUGAGGACAAAGACCGUGGGCACGGUCGAUGAUGUUGUGCUCGAGGAAGAGGAUGAGGGGUUCGGGGACGAGAGUCGUGUGAGGAAGAUCAGCUGCCUUGAAGUUAUUGUGAGACUUCGAUGA